AUGUCUACAUCUAAUCAUACAUCACCAAAAUCAACAACAGAGAACUUUCAAGUUUACCCGAUACCAUCGACAACGCAAUCUAGACGACCAUCAUCCCACCCUAUCGAUACCACAUCUUCCUUCACAUCGACAUCAACGUCAUCAAAAAUAUCAUCACGUCGUUCAUCCUCAUCAAACUCAUCAUCUUCCUCAUCUUCAUCGUCAAUAUCACGUAUAUCAUUAGACGAUCAUCCUUCUGAUAGUUUACUAUUACAUACACGUCGUAAACAAUCAUUAUUCAGAUCAUCAAAUCCCACUUCCACGUACACAAACGAUCAAACAUAUAGAGAAUCAAUCGCGUCUACUUCAACAAGGUUAUUUCAAACCCUAAGACCAAGAAGGAGAUCUUCAUUACCUUUUGUACAUAUCGCAAGACGUAAAUCGACACAAUUAGUAUUAAGCCUAAGUGUAAUCAUACUCUCGUUAUUGUUAAUAUCGGAAAUCAAAUCGCAUAAAGUAAGAAGGGAAUUAUGGGAAAAGGAAUAUAGGUUGAAUGAAUGGGAUAUAAGAAAUUCAGAUAAGUAUAAUAGCAGAGAAACCAAUUUGGCUUCUUUGAGAGAAGAUUAUGAAUCAAAUAGAAGAUUAGAAUUGUUCAAUUCGAAGAUUGAUGGUAAGAAGAAAGAUAAACGAGGAGGAGGAGGACAAAAUGAAAUUAUAUGGGGACCUAAAGAUGAGGAAUUAUUGAAAUUGGAAGUCACAGAUAUAUGGCCUAGUUGGUGGGGAAAUCCUGAUAUAGUUGGGAAAAGUCCUUUUGAUCAUUCUCCUAUACCUUUACCGACAGGUCAAGAGAAAAGGAGAUUUAUGUUCUUGACCGAUUACAACGACUAUCUGGAAAGAAUGAAUACACACACAUACGAAAUCGUUGAUGCAGCUCUACGACACCCUCAUUUGAUAGUGGAUGUAUGGGGACCUGGAUGGGAAGGAUACGAUAGAUCAAUACCAUUAUCUGCUAAUAUCCGAAAAAGGUCACAUAGGAUAUCACAAUUGGAGAAGUCAAAAAAGGAAUUCGAUCUUGCUAAAUCAAAGACCAAAGAAGACAAGGAGAAGGAAAUUAAGCGAUUAGCGAAGAGAGAAUGGAUAUCUAGAAGGUUGGAAGUUACAAGAUCACCUACAAUAGACAAUGGUAUAGAAAAUAUAGAAGAUGAAGAGGAAAUAUGGACGAAACCAAAUUGGUCAGACCAAAUUCCAGAAGAAUGUAGUGAUGUGAAAUUUGAUGUAGUAUUCACUAUCUCGAAUAUAUACUCGGAAACAGACCCACAUGUCGAUGCUCUAGAUUGCGAUGCUCUCUUGAUCCAACAACUAGGAGAUUGCCACGAACUGAGAUGUUCAUACGAAUGGUAUCCUCAUGCUAAUAACAUAACCGUCUCGAAAUACGCUUUUGAGCUAUUAGAGCUAUUCGAACACGAUAAAGUGAAAGCAAAAUAUCCAGAUUGGCAGAUGGGUAUGUUUGGUCACAGUCCAGAUACUGGGAACGAAUGGGAUUUCUAUCCUGUCAGAUGGGCUGACAAGACUGCUCAUGCUAAAGUGUUUGGAUACGAUGGUUCCUUCUAUCCGAUCAGAACGACAGUGACGGAUUACCUUCGAUUGAUAGAAGUUGAACCGAAUCUCCCGGAACGAACAGUGAUAUCUCGACAUCCGCAUCCUGGAUAUUCAGUAUCUGUACCUUCUUCAGCAAGAGAUCAGCCUCUAGAAACGUAUGAGCUUGAACAUGAAUAUUAUGAGACUCACUUGAAGCUGAGAGAGGAUUUCGCCAAAGGGAUGAGGGAAAGUAAGAUCUGCAUCUUUGAUGCUAGUCUAGAAAGGAAAAUGAUCAGGAAGUACGCUCAAGCAUUCUUAUCUGGCUGUGUGGUAGCUUCGGAUCUUCCCACGGAACACGAAGAAGCGUUGUCCAAAUUUGUCAUUCCGCUGAAAUCCUCUUGGACUAUAGAGAAGAUCAAUGAGGUUCUGAGGUAUUACCUCGAGAGGGAAGAUCUCUUACAGCAGAUGGCUUUAGAUGGAUUGAUUUGGGCGAGACAACACCUGACUACCACCAACAAGGUGACGCAUUUACUACAAAUGACAGAUCAUUAUAGACAUGGAUCGAGAGGGUACGAAUUCCCCUAUGGUUUCUCGAUGAGAUGUAGGUCGUAUUGGAGCGGUGAUGAUUCUUAUCGACCACCAUGGUGUCCUCAACAAGGGUAUAGAGGCUUAGAGGAAUAG